UUCGGAUCGCGACGGUUCACUUCGAUCGCAGAUUGCCCGGCAGCAACAUGACGAGCCGCGACAACAACAAGCAAAUGGAGACCGACAUGGACGAGCAUGGCGAUAUGAAGAGCGAUGUCCUCAUGCAGGCCAGCAUUGCCAUGGAGCAGUACACGGACGAGAAGGACAUUUCCAAGCACCUCAAGCUCUGGCUCGAAGAAAAGUACGGCCCGACGUGGCAUUGCAUCGUCGGGUCCGAGUACAAGGUGUCGUUUACGUACGAGAGCAAGAAUUUCAUCAAAUUUAACGUUGGCAAGAAGUGCAUAACGCUCUUCCGCCACAACUAGCGCCCGCUUCCCAACCAUAUCUCUGUAAAUACCGUCAAAAUCCACCAUCAACAUUGUUCUUCUCU